AUGAAUUGGCUUGUCUGGAAUGUGCGUGGGCUUGGGAACCUACGCACAUCCCGAGAGCUUAAGGUAGUCACUCGAGCACAAGCUCCCUCUGCUCUGUUUUUGGCCGAGACUUGGGCAGGUGAAGCUAGGCUACGUCGGUUAUGCAAUGAGUUGAAGUUUGAUCAGUGUUGGAUAGGUCCUAGUGCUGGUAAAAUAGGUUGUUUGGCUCUGUUUUGGAAAAACACUGUCAAGAUUAAAGUGGUAUCCUCAUCUCCCAAUCACAUCAAUGCCACUGUGGGGGAGAUUUCUGAGACGCAAUGGAGGUUCACGGGCAUCUAUAGGUGUGCCAACAAGGCCAGAAAGCAUGAGACAUGGUCACUCAUUCGCGACCUCCACUGGGGCACUCCUCUGUUGUGGGUGUGUGCAAGAGAUUUUAAUGAGAUUCUUUGGUCCCAUGAGAAGCUUGGUCUUGGUGCUAGACCUGAGGGUGUGAUGAAGGAGUUCCGAGAUGCUCUGGAUGAAUGCGGGCUUAUGGACCUAGGCUAUGUGGGAGACAAAUUCACCUGGAGAGGAAAACGAGCUGGCGGCAUGGUCUUGGAAAGAUUAGACAGAGCAGUGGCGGAUAAUGGUUGGUUUGCUCUUUAUCCCGGCACUAAGGUACAACACCUUCGCACUCAUUCCUCGGAUCAUAAAGCUAUUUUGAUCAAAUUGGAAGAUUGCUUCAAAAAUCAAAUCUACGGUGAGAAACUCUUGGAUUGGAGCCAUAGGUCAUUCGGUAGUAUUAAAAAACAAAUUGAAACAAAGGGAAAACAGCUCUCCAAGGUCGAGAUUAAUGCAGCAAAAGGAAUUCUUGAGGUUGAUAUGGUUAAAGUAUUAAAGGUUGAGCUCAAUGACCUUCUAGAUAAAGAGAGUCAGAUGUGGCAACAAAGGUCCAGAACUCUCUUCCUCAAGUGUGGGGACCGGAAUACGAGCUUUUUCCAUAGCAAAGCCUCCCAUAGAUUUAGGAGAAACAAAAUCACAAGCCUCAAGAAUUCGGACAAUGUUUGGUGCACUGAGGACAAUGAGCUCAAAGAAAUAGCCCAUCAAUACUUUAGCUCCCUGUUCACUUCAUCCCAACCUUCUGAAUUCUCAGAUAUCAUGGAUGCAAUGCUGCCUUCGAUCACCGAGGACAUGAACACCCAACUCCUCAGACCCUUUCUCAUGGAAGAAGUAGAUGAAGCGAUUAAAGAGAUGAAACCCAUCACAGCCCCAGGUCCUGAUGGUAUGCCUCCCUUAUUUUAUCAAACCUUCUGGCCUUUGAUUGGUGUUGAUAUUAGCUUUGCUGUGCUUGAUUGUCUUAAUAGCUGUAAAAUUCCUAGAGAGAUUAACUGUACUAAUAUCACCCUGAUUCCAAAAGUAAAAUCCCCUAUGCUUAUUUCUGAUUUUCGGCCAAUUAGCCUUUGUAACGUUGUUUAUAAAAUUGUCUCUAAAGUUUUAGCUAACAGAUUGAAAGCUAUUCUCCCGCAUGUGAUAUCUGAAAAUCAAAGUGCUUUCCAAGCGGGUAGAGUUAUUUCUGACAAUAUUCUUAUGGCUUUCGAAACCUUGCAUUAUAUGAAGUAG